AUGAGUGGUGUUUAUGCUGUUGAAUCGACCAAAGAGCUAAUAAAACAAUAUUUUAACAAUGUUAAAUACUUUUCACAGCUGGCGGCUAAACAAAAGGAUCAACAACUUCAAGUUGACACUAAACUUCAGGUAAAACAACAUUUUUUGAUACUUUAUUUAUGUUUAGGUUGAAAGAAUAGUGUCGGAAAUCGUCAAGUACAUUGAUACUUAUGAUAUUGACAGUUUGAACGCGUCAUGGGAGUAUUUUAGUACUCAUUUGUUCAACAAUUUGACAGAGGUAAGGAAAAUAUUGAUGUAGUUGUUCGGUUGGAGAUAAAUAAUGUCGUCGUUGAAUUAAUGGCAAAGUUUCAUGCAAUAUUGGUUAGAAAAGAUUCUAAUCGAACUUUUUUAGAUGGAAUCAAAGACGUUGAACAAGCUAGAAGCCGACAUCUUCAAGUUAUACUUGGCCAACUGUGCGCAAAACAAGAAAACCGAGAAGUCUGUUCAGUUCUUUGAGAAAAUGGGACACGUUAUAACGAACAAUCCUUUGUGGACUGAUUGGUUUUGUAAGCUACUUUUCGUUAAAUAUUUUUACUGUUUAGGUGUGCCUUAUUUGCCGGAUCCAGCCAGUGAUAAACGAUUUUGCAACUACUUUUGUAAAACCUUCCACGAGAUAUUGCUGACAACCCUACACAACUUUAUAUCCAUUUCGUUGUCUAAGCUGUGUAAGCCGCCAUUAGUGGGUUAUUGUCAAGGUAUUGAAGAAAGUGAUGAUUAUGUAAGUUGUUUUAGGUAUUAAAGUUACUUUUUGUUAACUGUUGUAAUGUUAUAAACCGUAUUCAUCAUUAAUUCUUUAAAAUAUCUGUUUUUUAUGAGUAAUAAUGUAAAGGUAAGCUAAGAAGAUCUUUAUAGACACUCCAAGCGAGAACGCAAGCUUCACAGCAACUUCAAAAUUCGAUGGUCGAAAUGUUCAUGGAUGACUUCUCGAUAAUCGCAAAAAGUUCCGAAAAGGCCAAAGCUAAGCCUACAAUCAAGACAAUGUUCAAGAGCUUUACUCGAAGAUCUAGUGAUGGGUCUUAG